CCUGCCGCACCAUCGCCCACGUAUUUGGCAAUCCCAUCAUUCAUCAUUCUGCCCGCAAUUCAAUUCUGUGGACUCAACUACACCUCUCCCCCUAACUCAAUUCCAUGUACUCAACUCCCACUUCUCUCUCUCGAAAUUAACAAGAAUAGAGAAGCCAUGGCGGCCCCUUCCCAAGAGGCGUCCCUCUCCUCCCCUCCGCCGCCGCCCGUCAACGAGUGGGGCCCCUACUCUGGUGCGGGCGACUUCGGGACCAACAUGCUCAUCAUCCUCGCCGCCCUCUUCGUCGGGCUCCUCAUCGCCGUCGCCCUCACCGCCGUCAUCCGCUUCCUCUUCUGCGGCGCUGCCCGCCGCCACCCUUCGCCGGCGGACCCCGAGAAGCAGGUGGCGCCGCCUUCCGCUGCGGAGGCGGAGGGGACGACGCUGGUGUUCACGGAAGGGACGAGGCUGGCCAGGGUGGAGGCGGAGUGCGCCAUCUGCCUCGCCGAGUUCGUGGAGGGAGACGGAGUGAGGGUCUUGACGCCGUGUGACCACGGGUUCCAUGUCCACUGCAUCGAGCGGUGGCUGGCCGCAAGGAGCUCCUGUCCGACCUGCCGUUCCAGCUGCCACGUGGCAGUGGGACCCGGGAGGAAGAGCCCAGUGUUGGAGACGGGGUUAUAGGAUUUUUUUUUUUUUGUUUCUAUUCCCUUCGGGAUAUUGUGAUAUAUGUACGCGUUUUGUACAGGAGUAAUCGGACAUAUAUAACGGUUGGAAAGAAUGUGAGAUGUAUCCCGGUAACAUGGUUGAGAAUCUUAGGAGAAGUAUCAGCAAAAUUUGAAGGUAUUGAGAUUGUACUGCAUGCAACUCUUAGAGUCUGGCUGCAUUGGCAUGAUGUAUUGUACAAUCCUUUUUUUCUUUUUAAAGCUUCGUUUCAUGUUGGAAUCCCAGCAAUGAGAUUGUUGCGA